AUGGAUAAGCGGAAUGUGGCCAACAAGGCCAGUCUUGUUGAGCCAAUAAUUCGUCACAGAGUUCAAGACUCGCUUUUUUAUAAACAAUAUCUCCAUCUUACCAAUGAACAAUCAAUACUUCCUGUCGUUGCGGAGCAUGUUCAAUUUGUGGCCGGUACUGACUCUAGCAGUCGCCCCAGCCCAUUUUUAUGUUGCCUAGUGAGGAUGCUAGAGAUUGAGCCUCCCAUAGAGAUCGUCCGCAUUUAUCUUGACCAAAAUGGCUAUCAAGAAUUUAAGUACUUGACCGCGUUGACUUUGCUUUACUGCCGCAUGGUGAUGGGCGCAGCCGACUUUUACGUCUUGCACGACGAGUACAUUAAAGACUAUCGAAAAUUACGAUUCAAAGGCAAAAACCCAACAGUCACAGACGAAAUUCCCGUGCACUACAAGAUUAAGCACAUGGAUGAGUGGGUUGAUGAGCUUGCCACAGAAGAGCGGGUGGUGGACAUCAAAAUACCGUAUAUGGGCCUACGGCUGGUAUAUAUCGAGCGUGGACUUGUGGGCGAGCGGGAAUACGGUGCAGAAACAUCAGAUGAUUCUGAAGGUGAAGAAUCUGAAGAAUAUCAAAGUGAUAGUGAUUAG